UACAUUUCCCGCUUUGCAACGUCAGUGCGGUGGAGCCGGUGACCGGCGAUACUUGGCUAUAGAUACCUACCCAAUACUUACGUAGUGUAAAGAUGGCGUCGUCGGUGUGUUUUUCUAGAUGUCGUUUACUCGUUAAAUUAGAAAUAAAUCGUAGUUUGUGUUUUUCACCAAUAUUUAGAGAUCUAUCAAAUAGCAAAGAAUCAUGGUGUCGACGAUGGCGACCUCCUCGCCGGACUUUCUUCACGACCGUAUGCACACAUGGAUCAAAGAAUGCGCCCACCAAAGUCGAACCAGUGCUAUCUGAAGAGGUGACGGUGACAUACCGCCGGGGGUUACCCGUGAUCACGGUACCGCUGCCCUCAAGACGCGAGCGAUGCCGCUUUACACUACGUCCAGUCUCUCAGACCGUCGGCGACCUCCUCGAGCAGGUGAAAGCAGAAGACCGUGGGGUGGAGCGUGCUGCUGCACUGGCCGCAGACGAGCGGGUCCGGAUCUCUUCGAGUGACACCAUCGAGUCAUUACUGGAAACCGAUUUCCGACUCAUCAUUAACGACACGGAGUACUACGUUAAGAGCCCGUCACAAGAGCGUCUAAGCAUGGAAGAGGUUACUCAGUUGAGUGACGUCAGGAAUUUGGUGAAUCAACUGUACGAGGCUCUGAACGUGAGGGAGCACCAGAUAAGGAAGGAGAGGGAACUGAGGGCGCAGCUGGAGAAAAUUAACACCGAGUUACAACCUCUCGAAGACAAACGUAGGAGCCUCGAAGUUGAGACUUCGCGUCGUACUUCCGCUCUAACGUGGUUCGGUCUUGGCCUGAUGGGAGUUCAGUUCGGCGUUCUGGCCCGUUUGACAUGGUGGGAGUACUCCUGGGACAUCAUGGAGCCCGUCACUUACUUCGUAACAUACGGAACGGCUAUGGCGGCGUAUGCUUACUUCGUUCUAACUAAACAGGAGUACAUUUUGCCCGAUGUCAAAGAUCGACAGCAUCUGUUGAUGCUACACAAGAAGGCAAAGAAGAUCGGGCUCGAUAUUAACCAAUACAAUAAUCUUAAAGAUCAGAUAGCAAAAUUAGAAAAAGACCUCGCUCGUCUCCGCGACCCGCUCCAAAUCCACCUACCCUCGAUGUACGUCGAGAAGACAACCGACGACAGAAGGUCACCGCUCACCAAAAUCAAGGACAUGCUCGAAGAGACCAGCAAGAAAAUGAAAAUCACGUAAUAUUUGCUGAAUCACUCUCGUUAGCAAAGUUAUGUAAUGAAGCGCGCUAUUUUUCGAUUAUUUGAAAAUAGAACGCUUUCGAAUCGUUGAUGUUGCUUUUUUUUUGUAUGGUGGCAGCACUGAUGAACAUUUAUCAAAAAAAAAAGUUUUUCCGUGAACGUUAACAGUUUUAAUUUGGCCGGGUUUUCAACAUAUGAGUUGAUUCGGAGCGAGUGUCCUCUUAAGAGCUAGAUGGAAUAGGAAUUAAAAACUAAAGUUGACAGUCGAAACGUCCAUGUUUCACAAAUCCUAUUGCUAAACUCAAACAUCACGCUAAUUUUCCUUUUUUUUUUUUCAAUCGAAAUAUUGAUUUGUUACUGGCGCCAUUUUGUUUUGUCAUAUGUCAAAAUAUAUAAAAUAAAUAGAUCAGUAAAAGUGGAACAAUCAGUGUAUUGUUGGAGUAUUCCCGCAAACUCGGUCCGGGCAAUUUCGUAUUCUGAAAGCCCGCCUUUUUUGUUUCUUUGUGUAAUCUGUGUUUUGAUUUUUUCAUCGAGUAUUUGAAAAUUAAUACUUCUAAUUUAGUAUUCAAUUAUAAUCUAACGUGCAUGAAGUUUGUAUUGUUCGAAAUUAAUUGUGAUUUUGGGUUUUUAGGUAAAUUUAGUUUUUCAAAUGUGUGAUGAUUAGACUUAUUACAGUACUUUGGCACGUGAAUGAAUAUCAAAAUUUAAAAUAUUAAUUCUUGCCACUGAUCUACUGAAUCACAAAAUGUAUUACAGGUAUAAUUUUAAAAUUAGUUGAAAUUUUUUAUAUUAAAAAAAAUAUAUAUAAUUUAGUUAGAAUUUUGAAAUUUAUGCUCAGUAAAAUUGUUUCCUAUAUUUUUAAUUAAGAUCUUAAUCGAUUAUUGAAUGCAUACGUAAGUUUUAGUGAACUUUAUAUUUGUUAAAUCGAUUGUAAUUUAUUAAGGAUUCAUACUAUAUGUGAUCAAAGGCUUGUAAGUUAUUUAAUUAUUACAAAAAUAAAAUAAUAAAAAGACGAGAAGAGCCUCUGUGGCUUUGUAUCCUACGUCUGAUAAUUUAAAUACUUCUUUUCAAGAAUAGAAAAAAAUAUGGAAUAUACUUUUAUUUCAAUUCGUGUUAUUCGUCCAUAUAUUAAUAAGUGCAGUGAUUUAAUUUGAAAUAAUAACCACAUUGCUUUUUGAACUGAUAUCGACAGGUGAAGGGCAAUUUGGUUUAAGCGCUCGCAUUUCACUCAAAGCCGACAUUUAUCUAAUGUAAUCAAAGGUCCGUUUCAGUAUCAACUAUUCGAUGUUUUAUAAUUGAACUUCAAUUAAGUUCACCUCACUGAAAUAGCUGAAGAAGUGUUUUUGUUAUAAGAUAUUUUCCAAAUUGUAAUAUUUAAAAUUUGGAAAAAUAUCAUAAUUAUAUUAAUAACUAGCUGAGUCUGACCAUGCUACCCGCCGUUAUUGUCGUACCGCGGGGCGAAGCUAGUCUAACAAGUACUCAGUACUAAGCCUAAGUUACUCCUUAUAUCAUCAGCUAUCUAUCAGUGAAAGUCCCGUAAAAAUCGGUUCAGCCGUUCCAGAGAUUAGCUGGAACAAACAGACAGACGGACAAAAUAAAUAAAAAAAUAGUUUUUUGGUAUAUGUACUGUGUUUAUACAUAUUUACGCAUUUAGUAAAAAGUGGUUAUUUUAUUAUUACAAACAGACACUCCAAUUUUAUUUAUUUGUAUAGAUUAUAUUGUAUUAUUAAUAAACAAUAAAUAUCAUAAUUUUUGCUUUCCUGUAAAGUUGCAAAAAUGUAGCUUAAACCAAAUAACCUUUCACUCCUCGUCAUGUAGAUUUUUAGUGUGUGAUAAAACGAUUUCACCUUUAUUUUUAUGAUUAAUAAGUGCGUAGACUUAACGAAUCUAGUCUUUACUAAUAAUAAAUAUGUAGUUCUAUCACAAAACUCGAAACUCGAUUGAUAUACCAACCCGGUAUUUCAUUCGGAAGUAGUUUCCUUUUUUUUGCCAAAUCAUUUCAAAGACUUGUUAAGUAAUUAUUAGUCUUUUAGUCUCGUUUUUAUCAUAGAUUAAAAUAUGAAUAUUUUAGUUUAUGUCUGUUACACUAUAGAUUGUUCUAGAAUAGAACUUUGAUAAUUUUGAUGUCGAAUUGACCUCAUUGGUCAGCGAAAAAGUAUUCAGUAUUUAAAUAAUUUUUUUGUUGUUUUUUCUUUGUGCAGUGUUUACGUUUUUUUUCGAUAAGCAAAGUACCAGACUACUCAAGUUUAAAAUAUCAAUAAAACCGUAGGUACUUUUUUUGUUUAGACUCUUUGUUGCUUCGUUAUUGGCGAUUUAGUGAUUAACAAUUUGAGGCUUUUUUUCCUAUGAACAAGAUUAUGUAAAGAUUUAUAGUCGGUCAUUAUUAAAUUCAUAUCGUAUCCAA